AAACAACGGAAGCAAUCUCACUCUGUCAGAGUUCAUUCUGCUCACCGGAAAAUUGAACUCCGCCUCAGAGAAGGAGAGAGAGAGGAAGGAAGGAAGGAAAUGGAAGUGAGAGAAUCGUGCAGGAUUAAGCGCCGGUUAGGGCUCUUCUUCGUAGCUCUGCUUUGCUUGUGCGAUUCGAUGAUCGUCGUCACCGUGGACGCUUCGGUCCACGAUUACUUCAACGAAGCCUUCACCUCGCGCUCCAACGCCUUCUUCUUCCAUGGCGGCAGCGAAGGCCUCCACGCUCCCCGGUCCACGAUCCCGCUUCCGACGGCUCCUAAUAUCACCACGAGCCCCAAGGGGAAGUCCUUCAUCAGGUUUGAUGACGUCACCUUCAUAAGAACAAAGGAGUCUGUUAAUGCACAGAAUGCAAUGCAACAGAAUACUGGCUUGGUGGAGGCUAUCAUACUUGAUAUAAAAGAUCGGAAAAGGAUUGGAGGUUCUUACUUGAAAUCUGAUAUGAUAUGUUGCACUCCUCAGUUGGCUGAUGAGGGAGCCUGCAAAUUAGGUGAAGUUAUUAUUCAGAGAAACCCAGAUAACCCUGACUGGCCUAGACGCAUAAAAACUUUCUUUGCUGGGACACAUCAAGAAACAAAAAUGGAGAGUGUGACUAUUGAGAUCGAUAAGACAGGGAUGUACUAUUUGUAUUUUAUGUAUUGUGAUCCACAACUCAAGGGUACCAUAAUUAAAGGGAGGACAGUAUGGAGAAAUCCAAGUGGUUAUUUGCCUGGAAAAAUGGCUCCUUUGAUGGUAGUGUUUGGUUUAAUGUCAUUGGCUUACCUUGUACUUGGACUUAUAUGGUUUUUGAAGUUUGUUCAACGCUGGAAGGAUAUCAUACAGUUGCAUUACCACAUAACUGCAGUUAUUGCUCUUGGAAUGUGUGAAUCGGCUCUCUGGUACUUCGAAUAUUCAAACUUAAACUCUACUGGAAAAAGACCGAUGGGCAUCACGAUAUGGGCUGUCACUUUUACUGCUGUUAAGAAAACACUCUCUCGACUUCUCUUAUUGGUAGUGUCAAUGGGUUAUGGAGUGGUGAGACCUACCCUUGGGGGCAUAACCUCAAGAGUGCUUCUUCUUGGUGGAACAUAUCUAGUUGCAUCUGAGUCGUAUGAACUUGUUGAACAUCUUGGGAAUAUCAACGACUUUUCUGGAAAGACAGCAUUGUUUCUUGUUUUGCCAGUUACAUUUCUGGACGCUUGCUUUAUAUUAUGGAUCUUUUCAUCAUUAUCCAAAACUCUGGAGCAGCUUCAGAUGAAGAGAAAUAUGGCUAAAUUAGAGCUUUACCGAAAAUUUACCAAUUCUCUUGCUGUAUCUGUGCUACUUUCAAUUGCUUGGAUUGGCUUUGAGUUGUACUUCAAUGCUACAGAUCCAUUGAGUGAGCUGUGGCAAGUUUACUGGAUCAUUCCAGCAUUCUGGACUAUUCUUGCAUACUCUCUCUUGGUUGUUAUUUGCAUUCUCUGGGCUCCUUCACACAACCCAACUAGAUAUUCAUACAUGGAAGAGAAUGAAGACAUUGAGGAGGGCAUCUCUUUGACAAACAGUAGCAAGGCGACAGGUGAUAGUGUGACCAAACUCGGAGAAGACCUUGAGGAGGAUAAGCGCGAAUAGAUGGCACUCUAUCUGUGGUGAUGUCAUAGUUCUCUGUACAUUUUGUUGCACAAUCCAUGCUGUACCAACUACACACUCGUGACUGAUAUGUUCAUAGAGUUUGCAGACAGGGAGGGGAGUAAUACUAACGAGAUACUAUGGAUUUACAGUGUGAGGACACCUCUAUCUCUAGUUCCGAUUUUUCUUCCUUCUGUGAUUAUUUAAUGGAGAAGGAAAUGGAGCUGAGCAAUGAGAAGAUGUCUUAUAGAGGCUCUUAACUCUGUGCCCCUCUUUCUCCCCCAUAUGAUGAUUACUCAUAGUUGACAUCUUUCCGUUAAUGUAAUUCAAUCCCUUGUUGG